AACUUUACCUGAAGCGAAAAUGCGAAAUAUUUGUGUGAGAUAAGUUUCGAUACAAUUUUGUACCUGCGUAAAAUAGAGGGCAGCAGAGUACUCUGGCACCGGCACGCAGCUGUUGAGCGAGAUGAGUGAAGUCCGAACGCCACCAAAGACCGUUAACCGCCACCGGACGUUAGGCAAGGGUUGUACGCACGAUUCGUCCUCGGAUGAGGAUGGUUGUCUUUCGCCGUUCAACGCAUCCCAGGACGGUGACGCACCUUUCACGGGAGAUAGCCUGCUCGAUGAGCUGCCACCCUUUACUGCCGGCUCUCUAUCUCCAUCGGCCCGAUCGUUGUCGCCUAUCGAGAUGGAAUCAUUCGAAUUGAGCAGCCCAACAUCGGGACAUCUUAAGCAGUACAGCGGGUGCAGUACACCGGUUUACGGCAGCACCCCUCCUCCCGUGGGGAAGGAUACGGAAUCGGGGCUUCAGCCGGCGGAAGGCUAUGUUACGCUGGACGAAAUACAUGCCCGCAUCGGAUUGACGCCACCCGACUUACACGGCUCCCGGACGCGUCUCAAUUUGGAAACCAUCUUCGAGGGCGUGUUUCUGGAGACUCCACCAAAGAAAGAGUUCCAAUCCGUGGGGAACCUGCUGCGCCGGUCGAUCAAGAACAGGGCAAUACAGUUCGAAAAGGUAGACCAGAAGGAAUCCACGACAAACUAGCGAUCAUGUGUUCCUAGCUGGCAGAUAGCUCGACAAUGAAUGAACGUCGGGAGGGUUGCCAAAAGAGAGACCAAGAGGAAAGCCGAAGCUGGGCUUCUUUUUAUUCCUAAUCCAAGCGUGUAAAAAGAAAUCGAUCGUUGGAUGAGUAGUUUUAUUGCAAUCUGUAUUAGCCAUAAGUUCAACGGAUAUCGACAUUCGUGCCUUGAAUGAAUGCGGUUUCGCACUCAGCUGUUCCAUAAAUAUUGCGUCCACUUUCGGAAUUAGGAAUUCGACGGCACCUCGCUCGGUGACCGAUUGUAGGUAGAUGAAAUGUUGUAAUUUU